UAUUUGGUUGAACCAAACCCAAUGUAAAAUCCUAUCCCCGCUUAAACUGAUCAGUUCAGUUCAGACUGAAUUCAUAAACUAUGCUCAACUGUUCUUCUCUCUUGUUUUCCUGCCGCUCCUUAUCUCGAAGGAUUUGUGUCCAGAAAAUGAGCACCACUGUGGAGCCACUAUGUCCCAAAUUUGUUCCAGUUGAACAUAGUAAAAUUAGCAAUACUACUGAAGGCCUAAAAUUCCGUCUUGUAUCAUACAACGUUUUGGCUCAGGCUUAUGCAAAGAGCGAGCAGUUUCCACACUCACCAUCACCCUGUCGCAAGUGGAAAACUCGUUCCAUGGCAAUUUUAUCUCUUCUAAAGAGCCUUGGGACAGACUUCCUUUGCUUACAGGAAGUGGACGAGUAUAAUAGCUUCUAUAAAGCAAAUUUGGAAUCUAAUGGUUAUGCAAGUAUCUAUGUCCAGAGAAGUGGGAAGAAGCCUGAUGGCUGUGGCAUAUUUUAUAAGAAAACUAGUGCAGAACUAAUCAUUGAAGAGAAAAUAGAAUUUAAUGACCUUGUUGAUUCAGUUCAGAAUGGUGCAAGUUCACAAAAUGAUGAAGUACCCAAUGAAAAUAAAGUUGCCCAACAGAGUAAAAAAGGCCUACUGGAGCAGAACACCAGUGGGGAUCGUGGAGAUCCGAACGAUCCUCGUGUAAGAUUGAAACGUGAUUGUGUUGGAAUUAUGGCUGCCUUUAGGUUUAACAAAAGUAUUAUUAUUGUUGCAAAUACACACAUAUACUGGGAUCCAGAAUGGGCUGAUGUGAAGCUUGCACAGGCUAAAUAUCUUGUUUUUAGGUUAUAUAAAUUCAAGGAACGAAUAUCAAAUGAAUUCAAUUGUGCGCCUCCAGUUAUUGUUGCUGGUGACUUCAAUUCCACUCCUGGAGAUAAGGUUUAUGAAUUCAUGACAGAAGGCAGUUUGUUAUUUGACGAUCAAUCAACAAUUCCUCUAUCCAGUGCUUAUGCAGUCACAAUGGGAGAACCACAAUUCACUAACUAUACUCCUGGUUUUACGGGGACACUGGACUAUAUAUUUUUCUCCGCAUCUGCAUUUAUUAGACCAAUCGGUUAUCUUCAAAUUCCUGAAUCCGAAUCUCCAGAUAUAGAAGGUGGAUUGCCUAACUAUCAUCACCCGAGCGAUCAUUUACCCAUUGGCGCCGAAUUUGAACUCAUCAAUGAUUAAUCUUUUGCUGCCAUCAAAUUUAGGUAAUAUCUCGUUCUUAUUCGGUUUUAGAAAAUUAUUAUCUUUGGUUAAGAAAGUCUGGUUGAGCGGCGAUUGAAUCACAAGUUAAAAUUUUGGUUGGAUUUUAAACUGUUUUAUAAACAGGAUUGUGAUUAGAAGUUGAAAUGAAAUGUAAUUUUUGAAUAACUCAUUUGGAGUCCAAAGGUGGUCAUGAUGAAAUUGGCCAGGCUUAGUCUAU